UCUAAAUUAUCACUUGAAAUCCAUUAAUUCAAUCAGAAAGAAACGGGAUGUAUAUAUAUAUAUAUAUAUAUAUGUCUUGUGGAGACGAAGAUCACUCAAAUUCAGAGCAACCCAGAAGCAGCAGAUAAACUCAAAGCAGCUGCCUGCCUGCCAGCCAGCAAGCAAAUUAAUUGAUUAAUUCUCCAAGCUUUAAAUUUCUUCUCCAAUGGCUUCCCAAGCUCAUCAAGAUCUCCACUUCGUCCUGAUCCCAAUGAUGUCGCAGAGCUACCUCAUUCCCUCCACAGACUUCGCCAAAUUACUCGCCCAGCAGCAAGGCGUCACUGUUUCCAUAAUCACCACUCCCCUCAACGCCGCCCGCUUCCAGGCCAUGAUCGACCGAGCCAGGUCAACCUCCAAGCUCAACAUCCAGCUCCUCCCCAUUCGCUUUCCCUGCCGGGAAGCCGGCUUGCCCGAAGGCUGCGAGAAUCUCGACUCUCUAACCUCUCGCAGCCUGGUGAAACAGUUCUUCAUGGCCACUUACAUGCUUCAAGACCCCGUUGAGAAGCUUCUGGCAGCAAUGCAGCCGCAGCCCAGCUGCAUCAUAACCAGCAAUUCGCUUCCAUGGACUUCGAAGCUGGCUCUGAAGUUCAACGUCCCCAGGUUCAUCUUCCAUCACAUUUCCACCUUCCAUCUUCUCUGCGCGCAUAACAUUGCCUGCAGCGGCGCCGAUGAGAGCGUCGGUUCGGACACGGAGCCCUUUCUGGUGCCCGGAGUGCCCGAUAGGAUUGAGCUCACUAGGGCUCAGCUUCCCGACGAGGUUAAGCGGGCGACAGAGGAGAUGAAGAGGGCGAUAGAGCACAUGAAAAACGCCGAGCUAUCUGCCGAUGGCGUUCUGGUGAACAGCUUCGACGAGUUCGAUUCUUGGUAUGCCGAAGAAUAUGCGAAAGUGGUGAAGAACGUCUGGUGCAUCGGCCCUGUUUCUCUCUGCAACAAGGACAUGUCGGAUAAAUUCAACAGAGGGAACAAGGCCUCCAUCGACGAGCACCACUGCUUGAAGUGGCUUGACGCAAUGGCGCCACGGUCCGUCAUCUACGCCUGCUUCGGCAGCCUCUGCCGCAUAUCGGCUCCUCAAUUGAUUCAGCUCGCUCUGGGCUUGGAAUCAUCGAAUCGUCCAUUCGUUUGGAUAAUAAGAAAAGAGGAUUACUCGGCGGAGCUCGAGAAAUGGCUGGCGGAAGAGAAUUUCCAAGAGAGGACGAAAGAGAGAGGCCUUAUCGUCCGAGGAUGGGCGCCGCAGGUUUUGAUUCUAUCUCAUCCAGCACUCGGCGCCUUCUUGACGCAUUGCGGUUGGAACUCGAUAAUGGAAGGCGUUUGCUCCAAAGUUCCACUGAUAACCUGGCCGAUGUUCGCAGAGCAGUUUUACAACGAAAGGUUCAUCGUCGAUGUGCUCAAGAUUGGCGUCGCCAUUGGCGUUAAAGUCACCAUGAAAUGGGCGCAGGAAAAGAAUUUAGGGGUUUUGGUUAACAAGGAAGAUGUAAAACGGGCCAUAGAUCGACUCAUGGACGGCGGAGAAGAAGCUGCAGAGAUUAGGAGAAGGGUUCGAGAGAUGGGAGAGAUGGCGAACAAGGCCAUGGAAGAAGGGGGAUCAUCUCAGUGGAACAUGAAAACGAUGAUUCAGUACGUGAGGAAGCAAGCCAGCCUGAAAGCCUUGGCACAAGAGCUUGACGGCCUCCGCGGCCCUUGCAGCCCGGUGGCUUCCGCCGUGUCUCCCGGCCGAUUGAUGUUCAAAUCCGGUGAAGCUGCUUCUUAGGGUAACCGCCGCUUUCCCCCCUUGUAAUCUUUUCUACCAGUUGUAAUGAAUAAUCAGUGCCGUCUUCAUCAAUAAUUCCUCCAUUAAAGGGGGGCUUGUGUUGUUUCCAUUCAAAGUUCAAAUUAAUGUUCAAAUUGUUUCUCAAUGAUCAUAUAUAAGCUA